AUGCAGAUCAAGCCGGUGUCGAUCCGCGAGAGCAAGGGCUUCCUCCAGGUGGGCGUCGAGACCUACGGUGGCGGCCUGUGGCACACCUGGUUCGACCGAGAUCUGACCGUGGCCGGCCGAGUCGUGGUCGCUACGGGCGAGAACAAGUUUGAGCACCGCCUGGUCCGACUUACCAGGCCCAUUCUGCGCGUGCCCAACCUCGCCAUUCACUUGACGUCCGGCGACGAGCGCACGGCGUUCAAGGUCAACACCCAGACCCACCUCGGUUUCCCCGUCCUCGCCACCAGCAUCAAGAACACGCUGAACAAGCCGACCGAUGCGAAGCCUUCGCACCAGCCGUUGCUGCUCAAGCUGUUGGCCGACGAGCUUGGCGUUGAAGCUUCGCAGAUCCGCGAUUUGGAGCUGAGCGUGUGCGACACCCAGCCCGCGUGCGUGGGCGGCGCCCUCAACGAGUUCAUUUUCUCGCCCCGACUGGACAACCUCAUGAUGUCCUACUGCUGCCUCACCGGCUUCCUGGCUGCCUCCACCCCCGAGUCGGUGGCCAACGACACCAGGAUCAGGCUGGUGGCUCUGUUCGACAACGAGGAGAUCGGAAGUGAGUCGGCCCACGGUGCUGCGUCGAACCUGAUGCCGCAGACCAUCGAGCGCAUCCUGGCCUGUGCCGGUCUCGGCAACUCGGUGGACGCCGUCCAGCGAGCCUACCGGCAGAGCUACCUCAUCUCGGCCGACAUGGCCCACGCCGUCCACCCCAACUACCCGGAGAAGCACGAGGAGAACCACCAGCCGAUGAUGCAGAAGGGAGUGGCGAUCAAGUACAACGCCAACCAGCGCUACGCGACGACGUCGAUCACGGCCUUCCUGCUCAAGGAGCUGGCGCGUCGCCACGGCGUGCCCAUGCAGGAGUUCGUGGUGCGCAACGACAGCCCGUGCGGUUCGACCAUCGGCCCCAUCCUGUCCGCCGGCUGCGGCAUCCGCACCAUCGACAUCGGCCUGCCCCAGCUCUCCAUGCACAGCAUCCGUGAGAUGUGCGGCGCCGACGACGUCUCCCACGCCGUCAACCUCCUCAAGGCCUUCUACUCCGACUUCUCCAAGCUCGACGAGUCCCUCGUCGUUGACUGA